AUGGAGGCAGCGUCUGCGCGCAUGGCCACUCGGGAUCGGUACGGCGCAUUUGGGGAGGCGCCCAGUUCACCACUGCAGCGCUACAUAUUACAAGCUUGCGAUCCGCAGAACUUCGAGCCCAACCUGGCCUUGAAUCUCGAGAUCUCCGACUUGAUCAAUAGCAAGAAAGGCUCAGCGCCUCGAGAAGCAGCUGUUACCAUCGUGCACUACGUCAACCACCGCAAUCAGAACGUUGCCCUCCUCGCGCUCAAUCUCCUGGACAUAUGUGUCAAGAAUUGCGGCUACCCCUUCCACCUCCAAAUAAGCACAAAGGAAUUCCUCAAUGAGCUUGUCCGCCGAUUCCCCGAACGUCCGCCUGUGCAUUCGACCCGUGUACAAAACAAGAUUCUCGAGUUGAUAGAAGAAUGGCGACAAACCAUAUGUCAGACGUCGCGGUACAAAGACGACCUAGGGUUCAUAAGAGAUAUGCACAGGCUGCUGAGUUACAAGGGCUACAUCUUUCCUGAAGUACGCAAGGAAGAUGCGGCGGUCCUAAACCCCAGCGACAAUCUCCGCUCAGCAGAAGAAAUGGCCGAAGAGGAACGAGAGGCACAAUCUGCGAAACUCCAGGAAUUGAUCCGUCGUGGUGGGCCUGCGGACCUGCAAGAAGCGAACAAGCUCAUGAAAGUCAUGGCUGGGUACGAUACCAGGAACAAGACCGAUUGGCGCGCAAAGGCUGCUGAAGAAGUUGGAAGAAUACAGCAAAAGGCAAAGAUACUGGAGGAGAUGCUGCAGGGCUACAAACCGGGCGAUCAGAUCAAAGAGGGCGAUGUCUUUGAGGAACUUGCGAAUGCCCUCCAAAGCGCCCAACCAAAGAUCCAGAAAAUGUGCGAAGAAGAUUCCGAAGACCACGAAGCCGUAGCAAAGCUGUUCGAAAUCAAUGACAGCAUACACCGAACAAUAGAGAGAUACAAGCUCUUCAAGAAGGGUGACAUAGAGGCCGCAAAUAACAUACCCCAAGGCACGCUUGGCCGCAGUGGUGCUGGCGUUUCCCAGGGUCCAAACAACACAUUGAACUUGAUCGACUUUGGAGACCCAGAGCCCGCGUCUCAGACAGCAGGAUCGUCACAGGCACCUCAACAGCCAGCAGCUGCAGGCAAUGCUCUUGAAGAUGAUCUUCUAGGACUGUCGUUGAGUGGAGAUACCUACGGACAGCAGGGUAGCAUUUCUUUGGGAGGUUCGAAUGGCUCAGUCCUAGGCAUGUCUGGAAUGGCAGUGCCACAAUCGCAAAAAGCAUCAAACCAGGCCAUCACCGAUCUCUUCUCAGCAGGACCGAAGCCAACACAAUCCCAAAUCACGUCACCCACUCCGUCUACCUUUUCACCGCCCCCAAUACAGCCAGCGCGCACACCGGAUCCUUUCGCUGCUCUUACAUCCACACCACGCCAAGGCUCACCUUUCCAAUACCAACAGUCGGUCAAGCCCCCACCAGUGGCAUCCGGUGCUGUUGAUCUACUGGGUGAUGGCAUGCCUGCGCCGUCAACCAAUUUGACACAAAGCAGCGCUACUGCUGAUGACGACGACGAGUGGAACUUUGCUUCAGCUGUGCCAGAUACUUCCAAGGAGAUAACUGUCACCAAUACGAGCAUCAAUGUUCUUUUCAACAUCUCGAGAGAAUCGGACACCACCUUGCUGAUCCAAUCACGGGUAUCGAACAACACACCGCUACCAAUCUCUGUCCUGACGCUGCAGGUUGCUGCAUCAAAGGGCGCCCAACUGCAAUUGGAGCCACAGUCUGGCGUCAACCUCGGACCACAUCAGAAGUUCGGAAUUACUCAGAACAUCCGCGUGAACAACGUGCAAAGAGGGUCGGGGAACAACGUCAAAAUGAGGUGGAAGGCUACAUAUUCCCUUGGUGGACAGCAGAAGAACGAGAUGGGAGAAAUCCCGAGCCUCGGUGUUUCAUAG